GAGUAUAACAAGGCCUUGGAUUCAUUAGAAUCAUUGGUGGUUCAAUGGCUUUUUGAGCUCAAAAAGCUGGAUCUCCAGGGAACAGGCUACAAGAUGUGUUGCAUGCUAGGAGAGGCACUACAAAGAAGAAGCAAUGCAAUUUGGAUUGCCCUCAACAAGUACAAUGAGCUUGCUGCCUGUGUCCACCAACCUAUACCCAUGCUGUGA